AUGGCUUUAGGGAAAAUUGCGGAGCCUCGUGGCAACUCGGGUGAUGAAACACCCGGCAACGAGCGGCCACGCACUGGGGACGCGCUCAGCCUCGGCGGCCGUAGCUUGUACCCACCCCCACCCAGUCCGCCCAGCCUCGGGGAGCAUCGCCAUGGAGGGCCCGACCCGCACCCCUCCCCGGCAUGGGGGCUCCCGCUCCCCGGGCUAGUCCUCCCGGCCAACUUCCCCGCAGCCUCGCAUGGACCGAUUCGGGUCCCAGUCCCGCCCCGAGCCCCGAGUCACCUUCCCUAUCACUCCAUCCCGCCUCCCCGCCUGCACUCCCGAGGGCCGGUCAGCAGAGCGGAGCGGCGCCGCAAGCAGGGAGUGGGGAGAGCGGCCCUCGUCCUUGUCACCGUCGUCCUCCGCCACGGCCGCAGCGCUAACCCCGGAGACAGAGCUGGCCGGGGCCGCGCGCCUCUCGCCGCUCCGCGUCCCCUGGCGCCUUCUAUUGCGUGGCGCCGGGCAGGCAAGCUAGCAAGCUGGCGGGCGGGGUUGGCGCCCCAGGAAGGGAAAGAGCGCGAGGGCCAGCUAACGCUGCCGCCGCCGUCGCCGCUGAGUCAGCGCGAAGCGCGCUCCCCGCGUCGGCGCCGCGCGGACCAAAGCCAGCAGCCUCAUGGAGAGUGCCGACUACGGCCCGCGAACCCGGACCGAGAGCCUACAACUCCCAACACGCAAUCGCCCGGGGGUGGCGGUGGCUUUGUGGCGCGCGUGGGUUUUACCGCGGGCGGCGCGGAGGCGGGGCUGCGCGGAGGCGUCCGCCACCCUCAGCCCUCGGCCCUGCAGCGGACGCCCCGCAUGGCCAGCCCCGCGCGCAAGAACAGCCGCCUGGACGCGUUCCUGCGGAGGCAUCUGCCGCCCGAGGUCUACGACGCCAUCCGCGCCUACGAGCCGUGCAUCGUGGUACCCGACACGGGGAAACACACCUUAAAGUACGUGGUGCUCAGUGACCUGCUCAUCUACCUGACCGAGAACCCGCCCCAGUCCAUCCGGAGAGUCGUGGCGCUCCGGCACAUCGUGGCCAUUGACCUGGAGACUCUGAGACUGUCCUUCUUUGUCGAAGACACAAACUCUGAUCUUCAGCUUAUAGUAGAACCCUCAAGCAAGUAUCUCAGUAAAACGAAACUAUCUGUAGAAGACAGAGACUUAAAAAGCUGUGUCAAAGAAGAGAAUAAUGGCCCUGCCUUUUGGAGAGGCAAAAAGCCUAAAAGUUUGAAUGAAUCCCUUUUCAGGUACCACCAAGAGAGCAGCACACCAUCCAAGGACUCAACUCUUGGCCCUCCUUCAGACCUCAAGAAGCUGUCCCUUCAUGGCCAAAGUGCCUGUCGACCCUUACCUGCCCCCUCCAGGAGGAGCUGUCAGCCCACAUCAGCCACUAGCAAGGCUGCCAGUGUGCCAUGUUGCACCGCAAACACAAAAGAACCCCAGGGACUUUCAGAUCACAAAGACUCUCUAAGUGAAAUCCCUUUCAAGGGCAAUGGGAACGGAAAUGAGUUUUACUUAGGAAAUGCCUCCCUGGCCUCCCCUUUACAGAGUAACCCAAACCUAGAGAAAAAGGAGUCAGAACUUCAUUUGUACAUUACUUCCACAACUUCAUCAAUAUUUCUGCACUUAAAAAGUUCAUGGAACAAUUAUGUUAGAAAAGCUACUCUUUUACAAGAUCCCCUAUAUGUUAGUGAGCUCAGUCCUGCUACUGGAAGUCAAAAGCCAUAUAGAUCUGAGGAGAAAAUUAAGCACUUCAGUCAACUUAAAUCUGAACUUUUUCUUAAAGACAAUACUUUGAGGAAGAUACUUUGUUUAAGUACAGAACUUAAAGUAGCAGCCCCGAAAAACUUCAUUCUGAAAAGGCUUUUCUGGAAAACCAGUGACCUGUUCUAUUUCCUAGUGAACAAACUUCAUGAGUACUUGCCAGAGUCUAGGGAUAAGAAUGCACUUCAAAAUAAAAGCCAAAGUGUUGAUGAGCUGGUGGCAUGCAUUGAAAUUAUACAGACUCUGGGACUGAUGUUCAGAGAAACAGAAACUGAGGCAUCACACCUGAACACAUUGGGAGCUAAGAAGGGAACACUAUUUAACCUCUUGGUAAUUUUAAUUAGCGAGCCUCAGAUUCCAAAAUCUUGUCCUGUGUUUGACAUCCAGUUGGUGGCUGAUUCAGCUUUGGUUGAGAUGUCCUUUGAUGCUGAGUUACAGAAGCUUAUCCUGGAAUAUACAGAUGCAGCUACAGCACUUUUAUAUGAGAUACUUCUUGACUUUCAGCAGGGAAAUCUUGGAUUGGGGUCAUCAAAGUUUGCUAUUAGCUGGAUGAUGUCCUUUCUACAAAGUCGUCCUCCCAUAAUUACUUUUGUGGCCAGAAUUGUGAAACGAGUGGUGAAGGGGCUUUCAGCUUCAUUUCAGCUGCUAAGUCCUGGCCAAGCAGUUCUGUUAUACCAGCAGUUUCACAUCCUUAAGAGCUGCCUGCAGUACAGCAAGACUUUAGCUGAGUGUAUUAGGAAUGACUACAGAGAAGAAUUCAGGUACUUUAUUCACAUGCCAGCCUUGGAAAAAAGGCUCCCAUUAUGUUUCCCUAUUACCCAACCUACCACUCAACUUUUUCAUGAAGUUCUGAAAUUGGUUGAACAGAAACAAUGUGUGAAAUGUUAA